CGCUGGCGCUGUCGCAGAUCUUACGCGCUCAGUCGAGUUUUGUUCGCGUCACCAGCGCCAGCAAAAUCUCGCUCGCGUGUGACGUACGAUUUCGCGUAGCGCCUUGCUUCCGCUGGACAAUCGCGUAUGAUCGACUAUGGAUGCUACGGAUAUUCGUUUAGUUUGAUGUUCAACAAAUCGCGGUACAAUCGACGACGUGACAAGAAGAGGCACGAGGAAACAGCGUCCGAACGGACCGUAGCCUUUAAGAGGCUAGCGCUUGUUAGCUCGACCGAGGAUUUGCGAAAUGCAAAAUUGGAACCAAUGGCAGUUGUCAGCCGGUGCUGUUACGACUCCAGUGCCGCAGCCACCACUUGGCUACGCGGCGGCAGCAGCAACAGCAGCAGCGGCAUCAGCCACGGACUCUACAACCUUGAUGCAAAACUAUAUGCAAUAUUAUAACCAACCGGCACCUAGUGGAUAUACAGCGGAGCAAUGGGCAACUGCACAACAACAAAAUUGGAGUCAAUGGCAACAAUGGCAACAACAGUAUCAGCAAUGGCAAGCACAAUACGGCGAUAAGUAUCAUGAUACGAUGAAGCAUCUAUCAGCGGCGCAGAACAUAAAUUUGGCAGCAAGCCAAGCGCCACUGCCGCAUAUGCAAUUGCCGCCGCCCCUUCCCAAAGAGGAUACAGCACGACCACCUCCGUUACCGCCCGCUACCACGAACGUCGCACAUCAGUUCACCAAUAUGCCACCCCCGCACCAAAAUAAUCUGCCCCUAUUCCCUACGAAAGAAUCCGCUACGAGCGCGUUGCCGCAAGUAAGCGCGACUAGCUACCUUCCUCCGAGCCACCCGCAACCGCAACCGCCACCACCACCCCUGCCCAGCACGAGCCAGCCACAGCAACCGCCACCCUUGCCGCCCGAAACCGAGAGCAAGCGAGAGCUGCCAGCAGUCGGGCAGGCUGAGAAACGCGAUAGUAAUGCUAGCGCGGUCGAUGGUGGUGAGUCCAAUAGUGGCAGUAGUGCGAAAAAGUUGAAGCUCGAUGAGGACGAAGAGCUAACCGAGACCGAGAAGACAUUCGACGCGCAGUUUAAACAGUGGGAACAGCAGUUUAACAAAUGGAAAUUGCAAAACGCGAAUCAUCCCGACAAAACUCAAUACAAGCAAUACGAAGCCAAGUGGACGUCAUGGCGCGAGAAGCUGCUCGAACGGCGCGAACAGAUGCGCAAGAAGCGCGAGCAACAGAAGCAGGCAGCCGCGACGAAGGCGUCAACAACUGCAGAACCAGACAAGAACAAGAGUGCCAGCGACGAUAAGAUACUCAACAUACUAUCGAACACGGAGAACCAACAUUUGAUCAACAACCUGCUCGGUAUCGGUAAGAGUCUCGGCUUGACAGGAAAGCAACAGAGCGCUACUGCCGCUAUACCAUCUCUACCACCACCACCCCCGCCGCCUCCGGAAACUACAACUUCUGGCAAUCAAGCUGAAACUGCUAUUGCAGUUCAAGGUGUACAGCAAGUUCUGCCGCAGCAGAAUAUGGUAGGCUCGAACGUUGCAGUGCCGCCGCCAUCUUGGCCUGUUCAGCAACAAUGGGAGAACAACCAGCAGUACAACCCCCGAAUGGAAGCUCCGAACUAUGGCAUGCCACCUUCCGUGAUGCAUCACCAUCCUACGGCGAUGUUUGUCCAUCCAAUGACGUCGCCUAACUUCACGCAGCCGCCACCAAGUUUACCGAGCAAUAAUACCGGUCCGCCACCCAACUUUUCACAGCCACCUCCGAAUUAUCCACCCAAUAACAAUAACAAUAAUAAUCAAGAGCGACUGGUUGCGCUGCAGAACGCGCCGAGAGGCCCUGCGAGCGCGCAGGAUCAACCACCGAACAUGGAUAUGCGUUUCGCGCGCCAUCCCAACGAUCGCGGCAGCAACUUCGACGCUGGACAGCAGUCCAACUUUCCUCGAAGAGUUGGCGAGCCUCCGGACCAUCGUUUCCCCGCGGGACGUGGAGAUGGUAUUGCCAACCCGAGUGGGAACGAGCAGGAGCAGUUUAUGAGACCUGGCGACACGGCUUUCGCUAGACCGAACGAACCCUUCAACGACCGAAUCGAGGCGCAACAGCAACGGUUCCGAAGGGGCGACCGAGGUUUUCCUGGAGACUUCGGGAACAACCCGCCCAAUGGGUCGAUGAAUUUUCAACCCAGUAACGAGGGACGCUUCGGACCGCCGACGAAUGAGCGUUUUGCUGGGGGAAACAAUCGAUUUGGGCCCGACAGAUUCCCGCCGCCGAGUGACCGGCCGUUCGCAUCGGAGCACGAUCGAUUCGGCGGAGUCGAUCGGUUUAGCGGGGGUGAACGAUUCGUAGGAUCGGAAGCCGAUAGAUUCGCCAGAGGAAAAGAGCAUACAUUCGAUCGACCUGACAAUGAGCGAUUUGGACAGAACGAUCGUUUUGAACGAUUCCCCGAACAUAAAGAUCGUUUCCCCCUUGCUGGUGAUCGAUUUGCGCCUAAUGUGAAUGAACAUUUCGCAGCCAGUGAUCGUUUUGGCAGGGGCAACAACCCUGGGGACUCUUUCGAUCCGAAAGACGUGAAUGAUCAUCGACGAGACGCUUUCGGUAGCAACUCCCGGCUUUUCGGUAGAAACCCUGUCUUUAGUCCACCAAAGGAGCUGCCGCCGGAGUUGCGGAAGCUUAUGGAGAAACGAAAAGCUGCCAGUGACGUGUUCAAACCUAGUUUUCUUUCGGAUCCCGAGAAACUCAGCGUCGGUUCUCUCAGCGAGAGCUUCAAGAAGAUCGCCGGCGACUCGCCGUUCCGCAGCAGCUUUGACUUUCCGAAAAUUCGUCCUGGUGGGCCGUCAUCGAUGAACAACUUUCCUUCCGUUGCCGGCAGCAGGACACCGCCUCCAUUCCAACCCCAUCCAUUCGCUCCUGAUCCUGCCACAUCGCCGUACGGCCAUCAUAAUCCGCGAGGCGGUUUUCCCUUCAAUCCACUUGGCAACACACUUGACAAUGAACCUCCGGUUUCACCUAUUUCCGGCUUCAAACAAGGACCUUUUGUGGAAAAUUUCGCUAAACACAAUGUUCCCGUGGAUUAUAAUGAACAGGAAACGGAAAACGGGAAACGGGAAAAGAAUGCGGAGGGCGAGCUGCAGAAUCCUAAUCAACAAGCUCAACCGACUGAUAUUCAAUCUCAAUCUUCCGCUAAUUAUCGUUCUGAGAAUCCUGAGGCCGAUAUUAAUAUUGAUUCCGCGAAUAAUAUGGAAAUUGAUAAUGUUCAAGACGUACAAGACAUGGAAGUGACGCAGCCGAAAAACGAAGUCGAUAGCGCAGCUGUUGAACAGAAGGAAAAUCUGAAUGUCGAAGGAGACUUGCCGAAAGAAAUUGACGAUAAUAGAAAAGCAGACGAUAUCCCUGAUUUAUCCGGCAACGAUGAUGGUUUUCAGGAUAAACAGGAACAACAGGAUAACAAAGACGAAGAUAAUAGUUCUGAGUUAAGGAAGAGUGCAGAAAACAAUACUGAUAACAAAGACGAGAACAUUUCAUCUAAGAAACCUGAGAGUUUACCCUUCAUGGGUGAGAACGAUCCACGGCCGGAAGACCUGAACAUCGAGCCACCGCCGGAGCUGCCCAACUUGGGUCCUAUUCGUAGCAGUCCAGGCUCCGAACCCCAGCAUGUCGCUGAAUCAUGUAACGAAGCUUUCGACGGAAAAGGACCGCCAGCAGGUGCCCAAUUCCACGACACGCGACCCCGGGGAAUGGAAUUUCCCAGAAUGGGUCCAUCCUUCAGGUUCUUAGGGCCACCGCCAUUGUUUAAUUCCAGAGGGCCGCAAGGGUUUCUGCUGCCGAGUCAUGACAGUAACUCGCAACUAGGCCCCAGAGAUGGACAGUUCGGAUCUAACGCGGCUGGCGACGUCGGACAAUUCAGUCCUAGAAGGCCCAAUGAAGAGCAAUACACUGAGCGAGGUCGUAAUAACGAAUCUUUCAACGAGAAUUCUCGAAAUCCCAACAGUGGGCAAUUCGGAUCUAUGAACGAGCCAUUCCCACGGAACCUUACCGGAAAGUUCGGCCAGGUCGGCCUGAGAGGACUUGUUGACUUGCCAUUCGCUCCACGACAUUCCAGCCUACUCGGGCCUAGGGGCAACGAUAUGCAGUUCGCAUCACGAGGAGGACUCAGUGAUACACAUCGACAUCCUGGCGACGGGUCGCAAUUUAGUUUUUUGGGGUCCAACAACAAUAACAGGUUCGGUAGACCCAACGAGACACUGCUUGACAGGCGACCACUGCCCUUUGGCUUUCCAGAUGUACGGCCCAGACUACCUGUUUCAGAAGGACCACCGCCGUUCGGAUCUCGGGGUCUCAAUGAUAGCAUACUGAGUGGUCCUCGUGGCCCUCCUCCGGAUACUUUUUCUCAAGGACGACGUAGUCCGAAGGCUUUCAGCGAGAACCGUUUUGAUUCGCGAGAUUUCAACGAGGGUUCCUUUGAAUCCGAUAGAUCUCUUCCAGUCAGAGGCCCGAUGGAUGAUCUGAGUCAUACACGUGAUUAUAUGCGCAGAAGCGGUCCCUACACCAGGAGAGAACAGUUCAAGAAUGACACAUUUGAGAAUCCAGCGGCUAAGUCUGACGAACCGUUCAACAGAAAUAUGGGACAACAGAACACGGAGUUGCGGAUGGAUAAUGUCGAGUAUACUAGACGCAUUCCGCCGUCACAAGAUUCCCACAAGAAGGAUGUCGAUAAAAAACCAUCUAACGAGGUUCAGUUCGAAGAGAGAUCCAGGUUGGAGCCGAAGACCACAGACUUCGGUGACAAUAACAACAAAGAGCUAACUGACCCCAAGUUCCACGGGCCCAACUUGUUCACGAAACAUCCUCAGUCGAUGUUGUCGGCAGGUGGCGGUUCAGGUGAGUUUUGCGCACCGCGGCAGUUCAAUUACAAUCACGGAGAGAUCAGUGGCAGUAGCGGCGAGAAGAAGGUCAUCGAGUAUACACCGUCGAAAGUUAUCGACUACGGGCAUACGUCGCGGCCAGCUGUCGUCGAUCAGCAUCUAUCAUCUCCGGUUCAGUGCUUCGAUUAUGCUCACGGCGAUUCGAAGCCGGUGGAGCACCAGCGGGAUCAGUACCAGUCGAGAAAAGACUUCAGGAACUGGGUGAAGAACGAGCAGAGCAUCAAAGAUUACGCGGAGCAGAUGAGCAACUGCUACGAAAACGCGAAGAAGGAACAUGCCGCUGAGAAGGCGAAGUGCGGCAGCUAUGACGCGCGCAGGUUGGCAGCUUCGGAUUUCACGAAGCAACGAAUGAAGGAUCAUCACAUGGAUUGGCAGCAUCAUCAAGCGAGCGAUAGGAGAACCUGCGGAGAGUGGGAAACAAGGGAGAGCGAGGAUCGCAAGGAGAGAUCGUUGAUGUACGACCCUCUCGAGGAACAGCGGUUCUUUGAUCGCGACUCGAACGCGAGCGAUGGUCAGGGCGACCGAAACGCUCGGAGAGAGCGGAUUCAAGAGACAUGCGAGACUUCCCGAAGGGAAACGAAUAAAGACAGUGAUAAAGACGACAGCAGAUCGAAAGGAAGUAUUAAUUGGCAGGAGAACUUGAACAAGAACACCGUAGACACGAAGCUACUAGACACCAGUCUUCCGGACACGAAGAAAAAUGUGGCGGAAUCGACGACUACCCCGAAGACACUGGAACUGGCGAAAAUGCCAAACUACACGAUGGUUGAUGACUUGGUUUGUCCACCAGGUCGCCAGAACAGACCACCAAAGAUAGCAAUUAUUCUUCGAGGACCACCUGGCAGUGGCAAAUCUUUUGUGGCCAAACUUAUCAAGGAUAAAGAAGUUGAACAAGGAGGCUCUGCACCUAGGAUAUUGAGUCUGGAUGAUUAUUUCCUUGUUGAGAAAGAAGUAGAGACAAAGGACGAUAAUGGGAAGAAGAUGAUAAUUAAAGAAAUGGUGUAUGAAUACGAAGAAGCAAUGGAACAGAGUUAUAUAAUGUCGCUCGUCAAAGCAUUCAAGAAAAACAUUCUUGACGGAUUCUUCAAUUUUAUCAUACUGGAUUGUAUCAACGAGAGGAUUUCAGAUUAUGAAGAGAUGUGGAGUUUUGCCAAGACGAAGGGUUUCAAAGUAUAUGUGUGUGAGAUGGAGAUGGAUCUACAGAUAUGCCUUAAGAGAAACAUUCACAAUCGCACCGAGGACGAGAUUAAUCGGAUCAUAGAUUACUUCGAGCCGACACCUAGCUAUCACUUGAAACUAGAUGUGAAUUCUAUGUUACAGGAACAAGCGAUAGAAGAGGUUGAUAUGGAAGAUAGUCAGCAGGAGAUACAAGAGAUAUCAACCACGCAAAAUGAAGAUAGUCAAGACAGUCACGAGGAUACUCAGGAUGCAAUUGGUGUUAGUAAGUGGGAGAAAAUGGAAGCUGAAGAUAAAUUAGAUCGAUUGGACGGAUUAGCGAGAAAGAAGAAUGAAGCGAGACCACAAACUAUGGAAGAUUUCCUUCAAGUACCGGACUACUACAAUAUGGAGGAUACUUCUGGUAAAAAGCGGGUACGAUGGGCCGAUUUGGAGGAACGCAAGGAGCAGGAGAAAAUGCGCGCUGUCGGUUUCGUCGUUGGUCACACCAAUUGGGAUCGCAUGAUGGAUCCUACGAAAGGCGGAAGUGCCUUAACGCGCACAAAAUUUUUCUCGCCGUUGUAAAACAUGAUCUUACCAAGAAAGAGUGUAUUCCGUUGAAAAGAAGCAAAAAAAAAUUAAAUAUAAAUAUAAAUAUAUAUAUAUAUAUAUAUAUAUAUAUAUAUAUAUAUAUAUAACGGUUGAAUAAAUUUAUUGUAUUUUAUAAAAUUAGAGUGAUUAUUUAAAAGCACUAUAUCUUUAGUUUGACUUGUAAGGGAGUCUUGUAUAUAGAUAGCCAUUUGUGCUCGUAAAUAUAAGAUUUUGUAUAGUAAAAAACUUGUAAUUGCAUAUGUAUACGUAUGUGUAUAAAUUGUGUGGUUCGUUAUAUGAAAUUAAUUUCUUUAAUUAUAAAAAAUCAUUUUCAAAGUA